AUGAAAUUGAUUUUGAAGUUUUUCCUCAGGGGUUACCUGAAUUUACAUUCACAUGCUGCUGCCAAACUGGGCAAUUCAAAUAACUCGUCUUCGUUUCUUAAAGCAACAACCACAACUUUGCUUCACACCAUUGAUGAAUCAGAGAAAGAAUCUUAUGUUGCUCAUAUCAAUAGCUAUCUUAGAGAUGAUCCAUUUAUGAAGCAGUUUCUUCCCAUAGAUCCAGCUACCAAUGCUUUGUUUGAGCUGGCUAGAGAUGGAGUUCUUUUAUGUAAACUCAUCAAUGUUGCAGUGCCCAAUACAAUAGAUGAACGCGCUAUCAACACCAAAAGAGUACUGAAUCCAUGGGAAAGAAAUGAAAAUCAUACUCUUUGCCUUAACUCUGCUAAGGCUAUAGGAUGCACAGUAGUAAAUAUUGGCAACCAGGAUUUGGUUGAAGGAAGACCUCAUCUGGUUCUUGGCCUAAUUUCUCAAAUUAUAAAGAUCCAACUCCUGGCAGAUCUGAACCUUAGAAAGACGCCUCAACUUGUAGAAUUGGUGGAGGACAACAAUGAUGUGGAGGAGCUUAUGGGAUUAGCACCUGAGAAAGUCCUAUUAAAAUGGAUGAAUUUCCAUCUUAAGAAAGCAGGAUACAAGAAACCGGUUACAAAUUUCUCAUCUGAUCUCAAGGAUGGAGAAGCUUAUGCUUACCUGCUUAAUGUUCUUGCACCAGAACAUUGCAGCCCAGCGACAUUGGAUACCAAGGAUCCAGCUGAAAGGGCAAAUUUGGUACUUGAGCAUGCAGAAAAAAUGGAUUGCAAAAGAUACUUGGCUCCUAAAGAUAUCGUUGAAGGCUCUGCCAAUUUAAAUCUUGCAUUUGUUGCACAGAUUUUCCAUCAAAGGAAUGGUUUGUCUACUGAUAACAAGAAAAUUUCAUUUGCUGAGAUGAUGAGUGAUGAUGAAGAAAUGUCAAGAGAUGAAAGAUGUUUCAGGCUGUGGAUCAAUAGCCUUGGGAUUUCUUCUUAUGUCAACAAUCUGUUUGAGGAUGUCAGAAAUGGAUGGACGCUUCUGGAAGCUGUAGAUAAAGUUUCUGUGGGGUCCGUUAACUGGAAACAUGCAACUAAACCUCCUAUUAAGAUGCCAUUCAGGAAAGUUGAGAAUUGCAAUCAAGUUAUUAGGAUCGGAAAGCAGUUGAAGUUUUCUCUUGUUAAUGUAGCUGGAAAUGACUUUGUUCAAGGGAAUAAGAAACUCAUACUUGCUUUCUUGUGGCAGUUGAUGAGGUUUAAUAUGCUUCAACUUUUGAAGAACUUGAGAUCCCACUCUAAUGGGAUUGGGAAGGAGAUGACCGAUUCUGAUAUUUUGAAAUGGGCAAAUAGAAAAGUCAAAAGCACUGGAAGACUUUCUCAAAUGGAUAGCUUUAAGGAUAAGAGCCUUUCAAAUGGAAUAUUCUUCCUUGAGCUUCUGAGUGCAGUGGAGCCGAGGGUUGUCAACUGGAACCUCGUGACCAAGGGCGCAAGUGAUGAGGAGAAGAAGUUGAAUGCAACUUACAUAAUCAGUGUGGCAAGAAAGCUUGGGUGUUCACUUUUCUUGUUGCCUGAAGAUAUAAUGGAGGUGAAUCAGAAGAUGAUACUUAUGUUAACAGCAAGCAUUAUGUAUUGGAGCCUUCAGCAAUCUACAGAUGAGUCAGAAUCAUCUCCUUCUCCUUCUCCUUCAUCGGUUUCAGCAACUCCAGAAGCUUCACCAGCACCUUCUGUCAAUGGUGAUGAAGACAGCUCCAUCUCCAUGAGUGGCAGUGCUGUUGAAAUCUUCAACUUGUCCAUUGAUGAUGCAGCUUCUGAUACCACAGUCUCUUCUACUCAAGAAAACAACAAUGAUGCUGGUUUACAGUGAUACGUACGUUGCUUUUUUUUAUUAUUAUUAUUAUUUGUAAGUAAAAGAAAAAGGGAAAGGGGGCAAGAGACAGAGAGUGAGUAUACAUAAAUUGGAUAAAAGAAAGGGAACUAUAGGUAGACAACAUAUGAAUGCAUACUGGAGAUGGAGAGAGAGAUAGAUACGUUGAUGUUUUUUUUUUCUUGCUCUGAUAAAAGUUUUUUGAUAUUGUUUUGUUUUAUUGAAAUAACAUUCUUUCUGAUGUAUGAAUUAUGAUUCACGUUCCAUUUUUUAUUUGUUUAGAUCGAUCCAUAUUCAUAUAAUGAGAGACACGUAUAAAGAG